CGUUGCUUAUCUUUAAAACUCACUACGGGCCUUCUUCUAUGUCUGCCGAGGCCAUCGGCCCCCAUUCUUGCAUCAUGGUUCUCUUCAUUUAAAAAAUGUUCUGCCACUGGAACCGAAAGCACAGAUCAUUUGGAUAUUCAGACGCAGAGGUUACCUAAAAAUAAUUUCAAGAAAUGCAUCAAUUAUGAUGAACAUAACGAUAAUAGUAACUGCGAUGAUAGUAAUGUGCCUAUUGCCCAAGCUCCUGAUCGGCCACGAUUGCCUGCUUAUCAAGUAUACCUAAUCAGAGCAAGUCGUCUUUUGGCGCGUGAAAUGAGACAGCGCAGUCGUCUUUCAUUUAUUGCAGCUGCCAGCCUACCCUCAGCUGAUUCGGAGCAAACAGAUGCUUCUAAGCAAAGUCUAUUACAUAGCAGAGCUUUUCUAAGUCGGGAGAAGUCGAAGCGGGCUAAAGACAGGCGAAGCAGAGCUCAGGUAUAUUGA